CCCCCCCCCCAAAAAAGGGGACCAAAAGACAAAAAAAGAAGAGUAAAGUUCAAAGCUUUAUAGGGGGUCUUUAGAGUUGCUUGUUAGGUCCUUAUCUAUGCAUGAAAUUUGUAUUGAUAGUAUACAUAUUUUUUUAUAUAAGUUUCUUUUUUAGCUCCUCUUGUUGCUUCCUUUGAAGGUUCUUGCUUUUAGUUUUUUUGGGGGUUGUUUUAAUCUGCACACUGUCCAAAGACUGCUAGUUUCUUGAUUUUAGUUUAAAAAUCAAGUCCUUCUUUUUUCUUUUUCAAGAAAAGGGGUUAUCUUUUUAUGUGAUUCUUGAUUUUUAGAUCUUUUGGGUGUUUGAAGUUUUGGAGGCAUAUUUUGGUUUUAAAUUCUUCUACUUUUAUUAGGAAGUUAAAGGAAGAAGCGUUGCUUAUGAGGGUUCAAGUGUUUGCUAGGAUCAAAUAUUCAUAUUGUAACAUGAGAAGAUAGUAUUGACUUUUUGAGUGAUGGGGGCAGAGUUGUUAUUUGCAAGUAAUUUGUAGGAUCAAAGGGUUGAGUUGAGGAUGAGGCAUUCAGGGAUAAUCUGAUUGAGAAUUUUGCAACCAUGAGUUGCAGUGAGAAGAGUAGAGAAAGAGAAGAGGAAGAAACUCCUGUUGGUAGUGUACAGAAAUACGUUGAAGGCGUAUCACGAAAUGGAUCAUCAGUAGUACCCUCAAAUCAAUUAUCUAUUGAUGAGAGAGUGUUGGUGGAUCCAAAACAACUCUUUAUUGGAACCAAAAUUGGUGAGGGGGCUCAUGGAAAAGUUUAUGAAGGAAGGUAUGGUGAUCAAAUUGUUGCGAUAAAAGUUCUAAAUGGCGGUAAAACCUCGGAAGAAAGAGCUUCACUUGGAAGCCGUUUUGUUCGGGAAGUUGUUAUGAUGUCAAGAGUAAAACAUGAGAAUCUUGUAAAAUUUAUUGGAGCUUGCAAGGAUCCUUUGAUGGUUAUAGUGACAGAGCUGCUUCCUGGAAUGUCCCUUCGGAAGUACUUAGUCAGCAUUCGUCCAGAAGUGCUUGAUCUUCAUGUCGCCUUAAGUUAUGCGCUUGACAUUGCUCGGGCCAUGGAAUGUUUACAUGCCAAUGGCAUUAUACAUAGAGAUCUAAAACCUGACAAUUUGUUGCUCACGGCCAAUCAGAAGUCUGUGAAGCUUGCAGAUUUUGGGCUAGCUAGGGAAGAGACCCUCACUGAGAUGAUGACGGCAGAAACUGGGACAUACCGGUGGAUGGCACCUGAGUUGUACAGCACCGUCACAUUGCGUCAGGGGGAGAAGAAGCAUUACAAUAACAAGGUUGAUGUUUAUAGUUUUGGUAUUGUCUUGUGGGAAUUACUGACGAACCGCAUGCCAUUUGAAGGAAUGUCGAAUUUGCAAGCUGCUUAUGCUGCUGCUUUCAAGCAAGAGAGACCUGGUCUUCCAGAAGAUAUUUCUGCUGACAUGGCAUUUAUCAUACAAUCAUGUUGGGUGGAAGACCCUAAUAUGCGACCAAGCUUCAGCCAGAUAAUCCGGAUGCUUACUGCGUAUCUCUUCACACUUCCACCUCCCACACCAUCCGUACCACCAACAGAUUCUGUGGAGCAGACGGUUGCCAGCAAUGGUACCAUUGUUGAGUUUUCUGCGCGAGCAAGGGGAAAAUUUGCUUUCCUUCGCCAACUUUUUGCUGCAAAGAAGGCUAAGAACUCACAGUAAGCUGGCAAAAUUUUCAACACUUUACGCGGUAGGACAUCUUCUCAAGCAGAGGGAUGACAAGUGUUGAACAGAAACAAUGUUAGUCGAUUAACCAAUAAACAAAAACAAAGGAAGGAAAACAAGUAGUUAAUGUCAUUGUAAAGGAAGUUUAUUACCUGUACUUUCUUGUUCAUAUCCAAUCCUCUCAUUUCUAUGGGAAUCUCUGUAGCGUAGGCCGUAUGGUAACAGUUUUCUUUUGCAUUUAUCACAGGAUAGUGAUGGCUGCUUCUCAGCAGAUAUUUCUAACAAUAUAUGUUGCUCUUCAGAAUGUUAUUCAUCUUAGGCUAAUUUUUAAAGUAUGUAACACUCCUAUUUUGAAUUGAGAUAUUGGUAGGCCCGCUGAAUGAUUGUUAUUUUCA